UUCCUGACAUUAACUCUCCUGCUACUUGUCCAUCCUUUUCUCAGGCCCAGCAAAAUGGUGUGUGGGUUUAACAGAGGAAGAGCAUUUUUUAUUGCUGGUCCCUCUCUGCGCUCUGAAGUCAUACUGUGUUCACUCUACUGAGCUAGUAAAAAAAGAAACAACUCCUACUGAAUGUGGCCACAGUUACAUGGAUGCAUGUGAAAUCUCUGAUUCUGGCCUGAAUCACAGCUCUUUGCCAUCCAGCUCUUCCCUGAGGUCUGCAUGGCUAGCAGUCAACCAGAGCAUGCUAUAAAGAGCAGAGGCAUUGAUCCAAGGAAGCAAUCAGGGCUGGCUGCCAUUACUGCUUAAAUCAGUGGAGAGAUUCCCACUGAAUUUCAGGGGUAACUGGAUUAGUUACUAGGUUGUUGUACUGGAAAGGCAUGCAAUUAAAAAAGCCAUGUUGUUCUCACCGAAUUGGAGCCAAGGAUGACCAACUGUGAUUGCUCAAGUGCAGCUGUGCAGUAUAACCCUCAUCUGCCACCAUGAAGAGACAGGAGAGGUGCAAAGGAAUCCAGCUUGUGAAUCACUCUUGGUUUAACCCUUACUGGAAGAUGGGGAAAGAGCAUGAGGCCAUUAAGGGAGCAGUUCAGGGAAGGCAGUGUGGAAGUCUGCACAACCACAUCAAUGAAAAGGUCAGAUGUACAAUUGCCUGCACUGAGGAUUGCAGCUCAAACAAUGUAACUGCAGAAACAGGAACCAGUAGUAAUGAUAAUUUAUUAGUAAACUCUGCAAGUGGGAACAAAACCUAUGGAGGUGGAAGAUCGACCAGGGAUGUGUCACUAUCUGACAGGGCAAUAAGUGAUCGGAACAAUGUAACACAGCCCAUCCCCAUUCUUGCUCUCACGGCAGAAUAUGUUGGUGUGACUUCUGUCAACUUGACAUGGGCAGUGAGCAGCGCUGCUUCCAACUCCUACACGUACAGGAUAGAGGUUAUAAGCGGUACCUCUGUUAGGAACCUGACAUCCAAUGUCACCAAAGCCGAAAUUAUAGAGUUAACCCCUGGGACGUUGUAUAAUUUCACGGUAUUUGCGGUAGUGGCUGAUGGUCAGACGGAAGGAGAAGGAGCGUCCAUAAGGCUGUAUACAAAGCCCAGCCCAGUUCUUGAUCUCAAAGCAGAAUACGUUGGUGUGACUUCUGUCAACUUAACAUGGAUGGUGAAUGAUGCUACUUCCAACUCCUACACGUACAGGAUAGAGGUUAUAAGCGGUACCUCUGUUAGAAACCUGACGUCCAGUGUCACCAAAGCAGAAAUUACCGAGCUAAUCCCUGGGACGAUGUACAAUUUCACAGUAUUUGCAGUAGUGGCUGAUGGUCAGACGGAAGGAGAAGGAGUGUCCAUAAGUCUGUAUACAAAGCCCAGCCCAGUCCAUGAUCUCAAGGCAGAAUAUGUUGGUGUGACUUCUGUCAACUUAACGUGGGCAGUGAGCAACGCUGCUUCCAACUCCUACACGUACAGGAUAGAGGUUAUAAGCGAUACCUCUGUUAGGAACCUGACGUCCAGUGUCACCAAAGUCGAAAUUACUGAGUUAAUCCCUGGGACGAUGUACAAUUUCACAGUAUUUGCAGUAGCGGCUGAUGGUCAGACGGAAGGAGAAGGAGUGUCCAUAAGUCUGUAUACAAAGCCCAGCCCAGUUCUUGAUCUCAAAGCAGAAUACGUUGGUGUGACUUCUGUCAACUUAACAUGGAUGGUGAAUGAUGCUACUUCCAACUCCUACACGUACAGGAUAGAGGUUAUAAGCGGUACCUCUGUUAGGAACCUGACAUCCGAUGUUACCAAAGCAGAAAUUACCGAGCUAAUCCCUGGGACGAUGUACAAUUUCACAGUAUUUGCUGUAGCGGCUGAUGGUCAGACGGAAGGAGAAGGAUUGUCAAUAAGUCUGUACACAAAGCCCAGCCCAGUUCUUGAUCUCAAAGCAGAAUACGUUGGUGUGACUUCUGUCAACUUAACAUGGAUGGUGAAUGAUGCUACUUCCAACUCCUACACGUACAGGAUAGAGGUUAUAAGCGGUACCUCUGUUAGGAACCUGACAUCCAAUGUUACCAAAGCAGAAAUUACCGAGCUAAUCCCUGGGACGAUGUACAAUUUCACAGUAUUUGCAGUAGUGGCUGAUGGUCAGACAGAAGGAGAAGGAUUGUCCAUAAUGCUGUAUACAAAGCCCAGCCCAGUCCAUGAUCUCAAGGCAGAAUAUGUUGGUGCUGAGAAUGUCAUCUUAACAUGGGCAGUGAGCAGCGCUGCUUCCAACUCCUAUACGUACAGGAUAGAGGUUAUAAGCAGUACCUCUGUUAGAAACCUGACGUCCAGUGUCACCAAAGUUGAAAUUACUGAGUUAAUCUCUGGGACAUUGUAUGAUUUCACAGUAUUUGCAGUAGCGGCUGAUGGUCAGACGGAAGGAGAAGGAGUGUCCAUAAGGCUGUAUACAAAGCCCAGCCCAGUUCUUGAUCUCAAAGCAGAAUACGUUGGUGUGACUUCUGUCAACUUAACAUGGAUGGUGAAUGAUGCUACUUCCAACUCCUACACGUACAGGAUAGAGGUUAUAAGCGGUACCUCUGUUAGGAACCUGACAUCCAAUGUUACCAAAGCAGAAAUUACCGAGCUAAUCCCUGGGACGAUGUACAAUUUCACAGUAUUUGCAGUAGCGGCUGAUGGUCAGACGGAAGGAGAAGGAGUGUCCAUAAGUCUGUAUACAAUUCCUGCCUUAGUGAAUUCAUUUCAGUGUGAACCAGUGGCCAAGCAGUCUUCCCUAAUGCUGAAAUGGGAAUGUCCUUCUGGUAACAAUUCUGGCUUCAGAAUUAAAAUAUUUAAUGGUACAUGGGCAAAAGAAGAACGGACUCCAUCCUGCAUGAGGGAAGGCUCAGAGGAAACCUUCAGAACAGCAUCUUUAGAUUAUUUCAGCACCUAUACUGUUACUAUUGCAACUCUUUCAAAUAGUUCUGAAAGCCCUCCAGUGCGGAAAAUGUGUAAUACGAGCAUUACUGACCCACCUGCUCCAAGCAGAGCUCCUUUUGUCAAGGCGGUCAGUCACAGCUCAUUGUCUGUGGAAUUCUCUGAUUUUGAGUCAGUGAAUGGACCAUUAAAAGCCUAUGCAGUAAUGAUCAUAACAGAAGAACGAGGUUGUGGGUCUUUGAAGUCUAAAUUGAAGAACACAUACAAAGAUUUCAAGAAGAUGAUGACAGUCACCUAUGUAACAUAUGUCAUAGAUACAGAGCAGGCAAAAUCACCUUCUUUCCAUUCUCAGAAUGGUACAAAUGUCGUUAAUGUCGGCAAGGGAAACACAAUGUAUGGCUACGAAAACGGACCAUUGAUUCCACUUCAUUCAUACAGGGCAAGUGUUGCAGGUUUCACUAAUAUAACCUUUACUGUGGACAACAUCAUUGCGGGAGAAGAUAGUUAUGUAUCAUUUUCACCCUGUUCUGAGGCGGUUUUGCUACCCCAGGAUCCAGGUGUUAUUGCUGGAGCCGUUAUUGGAUGCCUUUUAGCUAUAUUGGCUGUAGUCACUAUAGGGGGUUUCAUAUUCUGGAGAAAGAGAAGGAAAGAUAAAAGAAAUACUGAAGUGUCCUUUUCUCCAAUUAAAAUCAAGAAAUCAAAAAUGAUUAAAGUGGAGAACUUUGAGUCCUACUUUAAGAAGCAGCAAGCUGACUCCAACUGUGGUUUUGCUGAAGAGUAUGAGGAACUCAAGUCUGCUGGUGUUCAUCAGCCCAAAUUUGCUGCUGAACUUGCUGAGAACAGGGGAAAAAAUAGAUACAACAACGUCUUACCAUAUGAUAUUUCUCGUGUUAAACUUUCAGAUCAAAGCUCUGCAACUGAUGAUUAUAUUAAUGCAAACUAUAUGCCUGGCUAUAACUCAAAGAAGGCAUUUAUUGCUGCACAGGGUCCUUUGCCCAAUACUAUAGAAGACUUCUGGCGCAUGAUUUGGGAGAAGAAUAUCUACUCUAUUGUUAUGUUGACAAAAUGUGUUGAACAAGCCCGGACUAAAUGUGAGCAAUACUGGCCAGACGAACAGUCCAAGAGCUAUGGUGACAUUAUUGUGACAAUGGUGUCAGAGAUUGUCCUUCCAGAAUGGACAAUAAGGGACUUCACUGUAGAAAAGUCCAACACACCAGAGAGCCACACGGUGCGCCAGUUCCACUUCACCUCCUGGCCAGAUCACGGAGUGCCGGAGACAACAGACCUUCUCAUCAACUUUAGACACCUUGUUCAUGAGUACAGCAGUCAAAAUCCAAUCGACUCUCCUACUCUGGUGCACUGCAGUGCUGGUGUUGGGAGGACAGGGACGUUCAUUGCCAUUGACCGCCUGAUUCAGCAGAUUGAAAUGGAGAAUACUGUGGAUGUGUACGGAGUGGUGUAUGAUCUUCGCAUGCACCGACCUUUAAUGGUGCAAACUGAGGACCAGUACGUCUUCCUAAACCAGUGUGUGAUGGAUAUUAUUAGAUCCCAGAAAGACAAGAAAACGGAUCUUAUUUACCAAAACAUGACAGCAAUGGCAAUCUAUGAAAACUUCACACCUGGGCCAGGCUUUGGGAAGGCAAAUGGCUACCACGCAUAGCCCGGAAGGAGCACAGUGUCUCCAGGAGGUGUUAGCUGCGCACAGGAAAGGGAGAUGUUCUACUCAUGUUUUCCGGGAUUGUGUGCAGUGUCUCAUGUCUGGCUUCUCCAGUUCUGUCCACGUUCAAAGAUGUGAUCUACACAAUGCUGGCAGAGGAGCCACAGAUUGGUAUUAAAAAAAGAAAAAAAAAAGAAAAAAAAAAAAAGAAACGAAACAAAACAAAAAACCCAAGGAAAACUCUUUAAAGUUAACAGAGGAAUCUUGCUUUUUCUUGGAAAUUUAACAGUACUGAUAGGUGAAAUAGCAUUUGCAGUAUGAAUGGUGAACUAGAAUUUAAAUAUUAAUAACACAAGCUUUUUAUUACAACUUUAUAUGAUUUCAUUUACAGACACCAGGCUUGUGGGCUGUUUUAAUAUAUUUAAUUAUAAAUUUCAGGAACAUAUUUUAUCUACUGUAUCUGGUUACUUAGCUAAUAGAUAUGUGCCUCUGUGAUUGAUUUUUUUUUUUUUCUGUGUUCCUUUUUAUUUAAAAAAAAGGAGUACAAACAGCUCCUUCAAAUGGACAUUUAUACUUGGAAAUUGUGCCUUUUCUAGUUGCUACUCUAGAAAAAAAAACAGCAGAGAUUCUAUUUUUGUACUGAAACUCUUAAUGAGAACACAGAUUUUUAAAUAAGGCUUAUGUCAAACUUAACUGUAGUUGCACUGUUGGCAGGACUGUCCAGAAGUUUGGAGGUGAGCUUUGUUUUUGCAUUUCACCACAAAUAUCCCCUGCCUUAAUGUUUCGGUGCCUCUGCUAGAGGAAAAGGAGUGUGGUCUGCCACUCUGAGCUUUAACUAUAGGAAAAAAACUGAGCAAGUGAAUAUGUGAAUGUGUGUGCGGGGGCGUGUGGGGGUGUGUAUGAAGGACAGAAUAGCUCCUCCCUGUUCCUGGCUGAUACUCCUGUUUUUAUACAAUAUAUAAUGAUUUAUUUAAAGGUGCAAUAUAUGAUUUACUGAAUAAUGAUCACUCUAUUCUAAUAGAGUUUUACUCAGGUUGGUGUCUUUUUAUCAUUGUUUUUGGUUUUCCUCGAAUAUAUAAAUCUGUGAAAAUGUCAAAACUAAGGUUCCAAGUGUCCAAGCACUCCCAAACAGAUUGACUGGCUUUACUGUUUCUACCAAAACAAAUUGCAUAAAAUCCUGCUCUAAAGACCAAUUUCUCAGUUGUUUUAGCCAUUCAAAACUGAGACACAUCUUACCUGCCUGCAUCUCAUUGAUCUAACGUAGUUGUUUUAUAAUUAUUUGCAAUAUACUGCUGCUGUCGUUUCAACUGGUCCUUUUAAAAAGAGAACAAACAAGCAGAAAACCCCUAGUUGCUGAUUUUACAAGUCAAGGAUUAGAUUGGAUUUAUUUUGCUGGUACAUAACUGUUAGACUUAUGAAGGCAUUACCAAUGAAGGACUUCUACAGUAGCUGGGGGGGGGGGGGGUGUCUUUUGGUCUUCGGAUCAUUGCACUGGUUGCAUUGCAGACGAAUAUGAAGUUUAUGAAUAAUGCUAUAGAAUAGCUAUAAAGCGGUGAAAAUCUUAUGAAGGUUUAAUAACCAGGGUCCCUGGAAUUCUGCUGCUUUUUUUUUGUUUUGGGGGGUUGGUUUGUUGUAGCAGAGUUGUCAGAAAAAGCUACAGAUACUAGGAGUAUAUGUGGCAUUACAGUGGAACCUGGCAACCUUGCAGAGUUCACUGUCAGCUGAAGGAAAAUGUAGGAAUUCCUGGUGCACAACUGUAACUUUACAGAUAUCCAGAGGAAUUUUUUACAACCUGGUGUGAAAUUGUGGUGUGCUGUGUGUGAGCAAAACUGGAGGACAAACCACAGAGUGCUUCAGCUUUGGGUGGGUUUUUUUGGUUUGUUUUUUUUUUGUAGCAGCCACUUGUGGGUUCUUGAAUAUCUUUUUUUUUUUUUUUUUCCCCCUCCUCUCUUUCUCUGAAAUACUUUUAAAAAAAUAAAUUUAAAAAACCCCCACGAGGUUAAUGAUCCUGCCCAACUCCAUCCAAACUGGCAGUCCACAUAGUGGAUCUCUCACCCAGUGUGCUUCCUAAGCUGCUGUCAGAUGACAAACAAAGAUAAACCACUUGGACCAAACAGAACCAUUCCAAAGGAGCUGGGAGGGAGGAAAGUCUGCCUCUUACAGUCAUGUUGGUUUGUUUUUUUUUUUCCUCUCUUAAUCUUUUAAUUACUGCACAUCUGUGCAGAGCACAGAGCCAGUAUGCAUUUUUCCAGGUCUCCCAAGAACUUGCUGCCUUAGGGUCAUGAAUUCUCUCUUGCUUCAGAAGGCCCUUGUUUUGUAUAGCACCGAAGAGAGGGAGAUGAAUCUUCUACGCUAGGUCAUGUGUUUGCAUUAUAUUGCAGCAGAACAUCAGAAAACUAGCUAGAAUGGUAUGUGUUUCUGCCUAACCAACACCCAGAUAGUCUUAUAGAAGACAAACGUAUCUGUCCCAUUGUUUUGAUGUUGGAAGCAGGUGCCAAAUUCUCACUUGUGUCAUCUAAUGAGUAUCCAUUUUUAAUACAACUGUGUUUUCCCAAAACCGACUCGUUGUGAGAAGAGACUGAAGUUUGAAGUAAAUCACCUGCAGAUUCCAGGUAUAGGUGGAAGAAGUUGGUGAGGUUUAAAAUGUUGUAAACAUAAAGUUGGCCAUAGUGUCGAUGUGAGUAAGUCGGGCAUGCCUCACAGGGUAUCUCUGCAGGAAGAGGGAGGUUGCAGGUAAUGCUCUACUGCCUUGUGGAUCUGUCUUGGUCAGGACUUGAAUUCCUGCAAAUAUUUUUUUCCCUGCCUUCUGAUGUUCUCUGUGUUAUAAUUGCCAAGAUCUGUCUCUUUGGUCAGUGUUUUUUCUCGCUGUUGCUUAUCUAAAGCUAUGUGCUUUUCAGGCUGAAAGCUCCACUGUGUGGCAGUUACAUCUCCUGCAUUUCUGUUCUACUCUUUUUUUUUCUUUUUUUUUUUUUUUCCCAUUUGGGGCCUGCUUAAGAAGGGAAAAGUUGAUGUGUUUCAAAUAAGUGACUGUUCAAUAUCUUGAAAUGAUGUACAAAUUUUAUUGUUUUCAUAUCUGUUGUACAGGAAAUUUCAGCACAUGUCUAUAAUGUUUUUAAUGGUUUGAUUUGUUUUUAAAGAUAUAAAAAUAACAAUUAAAAAGCAUCAUCCUAGA